GCUUGGAAUAUAAACACUGCCUCUUUCAACUAUCGCCUCCCUUCAACUCCACGGCGCAGAUCCGAGGAGUUUGGGAAACCCUAGCUCUUCUAUCUAAAAAAGCUCUAUUUCUCUCUCUAUCUCUACGUAUCACUACCCGCUCUUUUUAUUUUUUUUUUCUCUCUCUCUCUCUCUAAGAUCAUCAUACUGCUAUCAGAAUGGCUGGUGUGGCUCCAGAAGGAUCUCAAUUUGAUGCUCGUCAGUAUGAUGCUAAAAUGAAUGAGUUGCUGUCGUCUGAUGGACAAGAUUUCUUCACAUCAUAUGAUGAGGUCUAUGACAGUUUUGAUGCUAUGGGAUUGCAGGAAAACCUCUUGAGGGGCAUUUAUGCAUAUGGUUUUGAGAAACCAUCUGCAAUUCAGCAAAGAGGAAUUGUUCCCUUCUGCAAAGGUCUUGAUGUGAUUCAGCAGGCUCAGUCUGGAACUGGGAAGACAGCAACUUUCUGUUCUGGCAUUUUGCAGCAACUUGACUAUGGCUUGGUCCAGUGCCAGGCUUUGGUUCUCGCACCCACUAGGGAGCUGGCACAACAAAUAGAGAAGGUUAUGCGAGCACUUGGUGAUUACCUUGGUGUCAAGGUGCAUGCAUGUGUUGGUGGGACUAGUGUUCGUGAGGAUCAACGCAUCCUCCAAGCUGGUGUUCAUGUUGUCGUUGGUACUCCUGGUCGUGUGUUCGACAUGUUGCGAAGGCAGUCUCUUCGUCCAGAUUAUAUUAGGAUGUUUGUUUUGGAUGAGGCUGAUGAAAUGCUGUCUCGUGGUUUCAAGGAUCAGAUCUAUGAUAUCUUCCAGCUUCUGCCAUCAAAGGUUCAAGUUGGGGUAUUUUCUGCUACAAUGCCACCAGAAGCGCUUGAGAUCACGAGAAAGUUUAUGAACAAGCCUGUGAGGAUCUUGGUGAAACGUGAUGAGCUCACUCUCGAAGGUAUUAAGCAAUUUUAUGUCAAUGUUGACAAGGAAGAGUGGAAGCUUGAGACACUUUGUGAUCUCUAUGAGACUUUGGCCAUCACCCAGAGUGUCAUUUUUGUGAACACUAGGCGCAAAGUCGAUUGGCUUACUGAUAAGAUGAGAAGCCGUGACCACACAGUCUCUGCCACCCAUGGUGACAUGGACCAGAACACCCGUGAUAUCAUUAUGCGUGAAUUCCGAUCUGGAUCUUCUCGUGUGCUCAUUACCACUGAUCUCUUGGCUCGUGGUAUUGAUGUGCAACAAGUUUCUCUUGUCAUAAAUUAUGAUCUGCCGACUCAACCAGAAAACUAUCUUCAUCGUAUUGGACGAAGUGGUCGGUUUGGAAGGAAAGGUGUUGCUAUUAACUUUGUGACCAGGGAUGAUGAGAGAAUGCUGUUUGACAUUCAGAAGUUUUAUAAUGUGGUCAUUGAGGAGUUGCCAAAUAACGUUGCUGAUCUUCUCUAAGGACCUCUUUUUGGUAUGUUCAGGCUUGGGGUUUUCUUUUCUUAUUUUGCAAGUACUGUUGUUUUUCUUUUUUUCUUUUUUUUCUUUUUUUUCCCAUCAGGAUCUUUAAGUUGAUGUUGUUUAAACAUAUCUGACCACUUAAUGAUAUGCCGUCCUGCGCCGUUGCAAUAUGAAGAUUGUUACUUGCCCAUUGCAAUGCGGUUGGGGCUUUAUUAUUGCAAAUUUUGUUUCAGUUAGGACUUUGUAUUGUAUGCCCAUGUUAUUAUUAUUAUUAUUAUCAUCAUCAUUAUUAUUCUUAUUUA